CUUGGAGUGUGGAAAAGGCGGUAAUUGGCAUAAACUGGUGUGUGAAUGGUUCGGAUGGAAAUGGAGUUAGGUAAUGAAGAAGAAGGGGAACCAGAAGGGUGGACGACAGUGGGAAGAGGGAGAGGAAGAGGACGGGGUGGAAUGAAACUAGGUGAAGGAAAGGGUGUUAGAGAUAAUCAAGGAAGUAAAAGGGAUCUAGAAGGAAGCAGUUCAGAGGAAGAAAGGGUUGUAAGGAGAAAAGUUGGGAAUGAGGAAUUUAAAGUAAUUCUGAAACUUAAGAGCGAGGACGGUCAGGAGAAAAUCAGCCCAAUUGGGGUGUCAAAAGAAAUUAAAAAGAAAAUAGGAGAUGUUGAAAUGGUGAAGAUUUUGAGAGACGGAAGCCUUUUGAUAGAAUGUAAGGAUAUAGAGCAAAAGAAUAAAGCCUUCAAUGUGGAUAACAUAUGUAAAAGAGUGGUGCUGGAGAAAAAAAUGUUGGGAGAAAAUAUAAAAACUAGAGGAGUGAUAUAUGGGAUCCCUCUAGAUGAGGAUCUAGAAAAACUUAAGAAAAAUAUAGUUGGAGCAAAGGUGACUAAUAUGAAAAGGCUGUCAAGAACUGUGGAUGGGAAGAGAGUGGGGAGUCAGUCCAUUCUAAUGGAGUUUGAGGGAAAAGAGCUGCCAAUGAGCAUAAAAAUAGGAUAUAUAAGCUUCCAAGUCAGACCUUAUGUACCUCCACCACUUCGGUGCUAUAAAUGCCAAAGGUACGGACACAUUGCGGCAGUAUGUAAAGGAAAGCAGAGAUGUCCAAAAUGUGGGGAAGAUCAUAAAUUUGAAGAAUGUAAGGAAGAUGUAGAAGAGAAAUGUUGUAACUGUGGGGGAAAGCAUAGAGUCACGUUCGGAGGGUGUGAGGUCAGGAAGAGGGCUAAAGAAGUUGUGCAGAUAAAAACAACUAAAAAUAUUAGCUAUGCAGAAGCUGUAAAAAGUGUGAAGGAACAGGAAAAAAGAGGGGUCGAGCAAACGGGGAACCAAACAAAACAGCAAACUAAAGUAAUACCAGAAGAUAAAGUCAUUUACUCACUGGAAAAUCUAGUCUUAUUUAUAGCAUAUGUUAUCAACUGUACUGUUCAAGCUAAGAACAAAACAGAGAAGAUUAAAAUAAUAGUGAAAGGAGCUGAAAAAUUCUUGGGAUUCAAGGAAGGACCAAUACACAUCCUCAGUUCUCCCAAGACCAACUCAAGCAUUCUCCCGUCCACUUGCUUCAUAGGGACCCUGACCUGGGAUAUCGAAAACGCCAUCAGAUUGGCACAAGCUUCUGAACCUGGCUCUGGACCACAAGGAAGGAGGUUUAUCUCCAAAUCAGUUAUUGGUAACACUGUCAUUCUUACUAUCAUUGACAGAUUUUCCAAGUCUGCACACUUCGUCCCUCUACCCAAAUUACCCACCGCUUUGGAGACCGCUCAGCUGAUGGUCACCCACGUUUUUCGCCUUCACGGCAUCCCCCUGGACAUCCUGUCGGACCGUGGACCCCAGAUCAUUUCUCAGGUCUACCCGACCUUUCAUGUGUCGCAGAUCAAACCUGUGGGUGUCAGCUCCCUCAACCCUCCAACUGACCCCCCCACCACCCGCCCGGCUGGUUGA